AUGGCGCAGUGCUCGAUCUGGGGCAAUGGCCAUGUGUCCAGCUGCGUGAGCGAGACACUACCGCCUUCAACAUGUUUAGCGUCAGGACUGAUAAUACUGGGCAUUUACAAGUUAUAUCCUCGAAAAGUAAACAUACAGCGCAGCCCUAGAUACAUCACCGUCCUCUCACCGUUGGUUACAAAGUUAGAGGUCUUGGGUCUUUUCGCUGAAAAUGUUCUCUCUCUUGUUCGUGGCUAUCAAUCCGAUGCAAUCCUUUCGACGGCGAGCCCGUCUGCGUAUUUGCUGCUUCUCGUACUAUUAAGACUGUCUUCAAGAUUCGGUUCGCUCCCGACUUUGCAGUCGCACUCGGCAGCACUUUACACAUUGCAAUGCAUCUUUUGCGCGGUGACUGCCCAUACACAGGUGGUGACAAGCGCAGAAGGGCCCCUUGUUCUCACAACGCUCAUCCAGAGUGCCGUUUUUGCGGUCCUCUCUCUCUUCCACCUAACAUCCACGCGACGACCCAUGGAUGAUAAUGACGCGGCCGACGACCUCAGAAAAGAUAUCACUGCGAGCUUCCUCUCGCGCAUGUCGUUUUCCUGGCUCGACGAGCUCGUCUGGAAGGCAUUCCGGGCGACGCUCGAAGUGCCGGAUCUGUACCCUCUCAGCGCAGAGCAAAAGUCAGACGCUAUUGCUCGAGAGUUCAGUCUGAUGCCCACGGCCAGCCUGCUACGCCGGCUGUGGCAUUUUAUCAAAUACGACAUCCUCGCGCAGGGCUGUUGGGCGGCUGUCAACAGCGUGGCCGUGUACAUUGCACCGGCGCUCAUACGCGUGUUUCUCACACAUCUGAAGGCUGCAGAUGAAGCAGCAUGGUUGUGUGUCGGCGGGUUCCUCGCCGGGGGCGUCCUGGUUGGCACGGCAGACUGCCAGUGCGAGUGGACAGGCCGUCAGACCACCGCAAAGGUCCGCGCGGUGCUCGUCAACGAGAUAUACACAAAGGUCCUCCAAAAGCGCAUCGCAGGGUCAGCAGGCGAGGAAGACGCGGUGGCCAGCGACGGAGGCAUUUUCAACCUCAUGUCCAUCGACGCCGAGAACGUGAGCGCCGUGAGCGGCGAUCUGCAUUUCGUCUGGGUCACGUUUCCCGUGCAGACUGGCAUUGGGACGUGGCUGCUAUACAGGCUGCUGGGGAUCAGCGGCGUGCUAGGCGUGCUGGCCAUGGUCCUUUUGCUGCCUCUCAACUUCCUGGUUGCGCGGCGCAUGAUGGCGGUGCAGGCGCAGGUGCUGACUGCCAGUGACAAGCGAAUCCACGCCACGAAUGAUGUGUUGAACAACCUCCGGACGAUCAAGUACUCGGCAUGGGUGCGGCCGUUUAUGGAGCGCGUGCUGUCGAAACGAGCCGCGGAAAUCACUGAGCUGCGCGCGCGGUGUAUCUGGUGGUCAGUCAAUAUGACCACGUUCCACGCCCUGCCGUUCAUCGUGACGAUGAUCACGCUUUUCUUGUAUACAGUUGUCUGGGGCGGGUCCCUAGGCACGUCCACUGCCUUCCCAGCGCUGGCUAUCUUCGGCAUAAUCCGAAUUCCCCUCGACCGCAUGGCGAGUUCGGUCAGCUUCAUCAUGCGCGCCUAUGUGUCUUUGGCCCGGAUCGAAAGCUUCUUGCUGGAGCGGGAGACGGGCAAAUACCAGCAACUUGGUGCUUCUGAUUCUGAUUCAGGCCGCGUUGGUUUCGAAAACGCCACUCUCUCGUGGCCAAAUAAUGCAGUCACUAGCACAUCCGCUGACGAUACAUUCAGAGAAGACAUCCCUCUGACCGCGAUACAUGCUUCACCGUUCCGCCUAGAGAAUCUCAAUAUAUCCUUCCAAACGAACGCAUUGAACAUCGUCUGCGGCCCCAGCGGGGCUGGCAAAUCAUCCCUGUUACUCAGUCUGCUGGGCGAAAUGGACCUUCUCCAUGGCCACGUAUUUCUCCCUCACGACGAGAACCCCUCGACGUUCAGUUCCCUCAGCGACACCACCGCCUACUGCCCACAGGAUCCCUGGAUCAUGAACAGAAGCAUCCGAGCCAACAUCCUCAUGGAUCAGCCGUUCGAUGGCCGUCGCUACGAGCGCGUGCUGCACGCUACCGAGCUGCAGCCGGACCUGGCCGCCCUGGGCCACGGGGACCUCGCCCUCGCUGGCGAAGGGGGCCGUCGGCUGUCUGGCGGGCAGAAGCAGCGAAUCGCGCUGGCACGCGCACUUUAUAGCCCGAGCAAGUGUGUGCUGCUGGAUGACUGCUUAAGUGCGGUGGAUGCGCACACGGCGAACCAUGUUUUCUUCCAUGGUAUCAAGGGCCCGUUGAUGCGAGGGCGGACAUGCAUACUGGCCACGCAUGCGGUACAGUUGGUUACGCCGCAUUGUGAGCAUCUGGUGGUCUUGGACGAGGGCCGCGUGGUAGGCCAGGGGACGCCGGAGGAAGUGAUGUCGAAGGGCCUGGUAGCAGGCGAGCAUGCAGAUACAGACUCGGCUCGUGCCCAUAUUGAGUCUGCAACGCCCGAGUAUAAUGUCGAGUCAACCGACAAGCCCGAUGAUGUCGACUCCCAGAUAACGCACACAGAAACCAAGGCCGAGGGCAAGGUAACCUGGGCUGUCUUCCGCACAUAUUUGACGACUAUGGGGAAACAAUCGUACUGGAUACUCGUGCUCCUCAUGUUUGGUGCACAGCAAAUCGCUGCUCUCGGCACAAACCUCUGGGUCAAGCAAUGGGCUUUCGAAUAUGACCAGGAAUCGGCUCCCAAGCCAGACGCCUUGUAUUAUGUCGCCGUGUACGCCGCCAUCUUCCUUUCCUACGUGCUUAUCACGUUUGUGCGAGACCUCGUCACGCUGUAUGGCUCUCUUCGUGCGUCCACAACAAUAUACUCCAACCUGCUCAGCGCCAUCCUCAAUGCCACACCGCUGUUCUUCGACCGCACCCCCUUGGGCCAGAUCACAAACCGCCUCACUAAAGACGUUGAGAUCAUGGACCAGUCGCUGCCGGGCUUCGCCAUCAGCGGGCUGCAGCUCGUCGCGUCCAUGGGCAUGGUGAUCGUGCUGAUCUCGACUGUCGUGCCAGCGUUCCUUGUAGCAGCCAUGUUCAUCUGCGUGGCGUACUACUUGGUGACGGUCGUGUACAUCAACGGCGCGCGCGACCUGAAGCGCAUCGAAUCCGUGCAGCGCUCGCCGCUCUAUCAGCACUUUUCCGAGAGCCUGGCAGGGUGCGUGAGCCUGCGCGCCUACGCACACGCCACGGCCAGCUUCACGCUUCAGAAUCGAGAGUUGGUCGAUGCCAUCAACCAGUCAUUUCUACUGCAGUGGGCGACACAGGCGUGGUUGACGUUUCGCAUUGACGUGCUCAGCUCGCUCGUGUCGUUUUUCACCGGCGUGUUUGUGCUGCUGAACUCGUCGCGCAUCGAGCCCGGCAGCGCUGGCCUGGUGCUUACAUUCGCCGCCAGCUUCACGGAGAACGUCAUGUGGUUUGUGCAGGUGUACAGCAUCGUGCAGCGCAAUCUCAACUCGGUCGAGCGCAUUCUCGAGUAUGUCGGCGUCGAGCAGGAGGAAGAGAAGAAGGACAGACGCAUCUACGACCUGCCGAGCCCGUGGCCGACAGAGGGCCGAGUGAGCUUCCACAGCUUCUCAGCCCGCUACGCACACGAUCUUGACCUGGUCUUGGACGAAGUCAACUUCGAAGUCCCGCCGGGCCAGCGCGUGGCUGUCGUUGGGCGAACGGGAGCCGGCAAAAGCUCGCUCGCGCUGGCGUUGAUUCGAGCACUGCGCGCCGAAACUGGACGCAUUGAGAUUGACGGCGUCGAUAUUCGCUCGGUGGGCCUGGAGCAGCUGCGCCAGGCGAUCACGCUGGUGCCACAGGAUCCGCAGCUGUUCGAGGGUACGAUCCGUGACAACUUGGAUCCGCUGCGAGUGCACAGCGACGCAGAACUGGGCUCGCUACUGCGCGAUGUGCGUCUCGGCCAGGCGACAGACAGCUAUCUAGACCAAGCAGCCACAACGCUGUCGCGCGGUCAGCGGCAGCUGCUGUGUAUUGUGCGCGGGCUGCUGCGCAAAACGCGCAUUGUGGUGCUCGACGAAGCGACGGCGUCGGUGGACCACGACACGGACGCGGCCAUCCAGGAGACGCUCAGGAUCAGCAUGGCCCAGGGCACGACGGUGCUGACGAUUGCCCACCGGUUGCACACGAUUGCGGAUUACGAUAGGAUUGUGGUGCUGGAUGGAGGGCGAGUCGUCGAGGAGGGCCCUGUCGUGGAGCUGCUGGAGCGGCGCGCUGUGUUUUGGCGGUUGUCCGAGGAGGCCGGUUACCGGCCUGGAUAA